AUCCGUGUGCUACCAGGUUACUGCCGUUUUAUUACUCGUGCCACCUUGGCUGGAUAGUUCUCUCUAAGCUGCUGGUUGAUAUAACCAGCUAUCCACUCCUUUCAUACACACUUUCUAGGUUUGUGUUGUUGUAGCUUGGCAAUUCGAAUAGAGCCUCGUCUUUCAGCAUGUCUGCCUCUUUACCUGGCAAUCGAGAGUUGCCCGAGUCGCAAUAUGACUUAAGCACAUAUUGGGGCCGUGUCAAGCAGACGGCUACCAUCACCGACCCGAGAACUCUUCUUGCCGGAAAACAUGGCCUCGAGCACGCCAAGAAGUUGAUAGUGGCGUACAAGCAGGGCGAAAUCAAAGACAUGACGCCUGAUUUAUGGAAGGCCAAGAAGAUUGUUGACUCUACAUUACAUCCUGAUACCGGAGAGCCAGUUCUCUUGCCUUUCCGCAUGUCCUGCUUUGCGCUGUCGAACUUAGUCGUCACGGUGGGAAUGCUCACACCGGGAUUAAAGACAACCGGAACAGUGCUAUGGCAGAUCACCAACCAAUCCCUCAACGUCGCCAUCAAUUACGCGAACGCGAAUAAGUCCACCCCGCUUUCAUAUUCGAAAAUCACACAAUCCUACUUCCUCGCAGUCGGCGCAUCUUGCUCUGUAGCCAUUGGCUUGAAUUCGCUAGUACCCCGCUUGAAGCGAUUCUCGCCGUCCACAAAGCUUAUUCUUGGCCGUCUCGUCCCGUUCGCGGCUGUGGCGUCUGCGGGUGUGUUGAACGUGUUCCUCAUGCGUGGGGAGGAAAUACGGACUGGAAUUGACGUAUUCCCCGUGCUUUCGGAGGCGGAUAAGACGAAGUUGGCUGAGGAGGGUAAGGCUGAGAGUAGUGUGCCGAGUCUAGGGAAGAGUAAGAAGGCGGCGACAUUGGCGGUUGGCGAGACGGCGUUGAGUCGUGUUUUCAAUUGCACUCCGAUUAUGGUGGUGCCGCCGUUGUUGUUGGUGCGAUUGCAGCGCACUAAGUGGUUAAAGAAGAAUCCGCGCUUCACGAUGCCGGUUAACCUAGGUCUAAUUCUAGGUAUGAGUUAUCUUGCGCUACCGUUCGCGCUCGCAGCGUUCCCCCAGCGCCAGAGGAUUAGCGCGGAGAGCUUGGAGGAGGAAUUCCAUGGUCGGGGAGGCGAGAGGGGAUUGGUCGUGUUUAAUCGUGGAAUCUAAGAAUGCCUGGGUAUCUAUGUAUGCAUCGUUCGCGGCGUUAAUGGUUAGGCAGAGCUCCUCGUAUGGCGGGCUAGGUAUACUAGGCGUUUCUGUGAGGAACUUCACGAUCACACCUACUCCUGGCAAUUUGGUCUAAGGGGAAGGAAGAUAAGUUUUGCGGGUAGACAUAAAACGAGUCGCAACUCGUUGAAG